UUCCGAUGAGUGUGAACGCACCAUCGUUAUCCUGGUUCUCCAUCUUCCUCCAAACAGACGAAGGAGCACCCUGCGUCUGACACCCAGUGGAAUAUUUUUUCUCUUCUCACGUAUACUCAGCAAGAACUAAGGACCACAGUCAUGACGGACUCCAAAUAUUUCACAACAAACAAAAAAGGGGAGAUCUUUGAACUGAAGGCAGAGCUGAACAAUGAGAAGAAGGAGAAGAGGAAAGAGGCAGUGAAGAAGGUCAUUGCUGCCAUGACUGUUGGCAAAGAUGUCAGUUCUUUGUUCCCAGAUGUAGUCAACUGCAUGCAGACUGACAACCUGGAGCUGAAGAAGUUGGUGUACCUCUACUUGAUGAACUACGCCAAGAGCCAGCCUGAUAUGGCUAUAAUGGCCGUUAACAGCUUCGUCAAGGACUGUGAGGACCCCAAUCCUCUGAUCAGGGCUCUUGCCGUCCGCACCAUGGGUUGCAUUCGGGUGGACAAGAUCACAGAGUACUUGUGUGAGCCACUGAGAAAGUGCUUGAAGGAUGAGGACCCAUAUGUGAGGAAGACUGCAGCUGUUUGUGUAGCUAAACUUCAUGACAUCAAUGCCCAGAUGGUGGAGGACCAGGGCUUCCUGGACUCCCUGAGAGAUCUUAUUGCUGACUCCAAUCCCAUGGUUGUGGCCAAUGCAGUUGCUGCAUUAUCAGAGAUCAGUGAGUCUCACCCCAACAGCAACCUGCUGGACCUCAAUCCACAGAAUAUCAACAAGCUGCUGACGGCCCUCAACGAGUGCACAGAGUGGGGACAGACCUUCAUCCUGGACUGCCUGUCCAACUACAACCCCAAGGAUGAGCGUGAGGCUCAAAGCAUCUGUGAGCGUGUCACCCCCCGGCUGUCUCAUGCCAACUCAGCGGUGGUGCUGUCAGCUGUGAAGGUACUGAUGAAGUUCUUGGAGCUGCUGCCCAAGGAUUCUGACUACUACAACACAUUGCUGAAGAAGUUAUCUCCCCCACUGGUCACCUUGCUCUCCGGGGAGCCAGAGGUCCAGUAUGUGGCUCUGAGGAACAUCAACCUCAUCGUCCAGAAGAGGCCUGAGAUCCUGAAGCAGGAGAUCAAGGUGUUCUUUGUCAAAUACAAUGACCCCAUCUAUGUGAAACUGGAGAAACUGGACAUCAUGAUCCGUUUGGCUUCUCAGGCCAACAUUGCCCAGGUUUUGGCUGAAUUGAAGGAGUAUGCCACAGAGGUAGAUGUGGACUUUGUGCGUAAAGCUGUACGAGCCAUCGGACGCUGUGCCAUCAAAGUUGAGCAAUCGGCAGAGCGCUGUGUCAGCACUCUGCUGGACCUGAUCCAGACUAAGGUCAACUAUGUGGUUCAGGAGGCUAUUGUGGUCAUCAGGGACAUCUUCCGCAAGUACCCCAACAAGUAUGAAAGCAUCAUUGCCACACUCUGUGAGAACCUCGAUUCCUUGGAUGAGCCUGACGCUCGAGCUGCCAUGAUCUGGAUUGUUGGCGAGUAUGCUGAGCGGAUUGACAACGCUGAUGAGUUGCUGGAGAGCUUCCUUGAGGGCUUCCAUGAUGAGAGCACUCAGGUCCAGCUUACUCUGUUGACCGCCAUUGUCAAGCUGUUCCUUAAGAAGCCAUCAGAGACUCAGGAGCUGGUGCAGCAAGUCCUCAGCUUGGCCACUCAAGACUCUGACAACCCUGACCUGCGUGACAGAGGCUACAUUUAUUGGCGCCUGUUGUCCACUGACCCCGUAACUGCUAAAGAGGUGGUGUUGUCAGAGAAACCCCUAAUCUCAGAGGAGACCGACCUAAUAGAGCCCACCCUACUGGAUGAGCUUAUAUGCCACAUUGGUUCUCUGGCCUCUGUGUAUCACAAGCCCCCCAGCGCCUUUGUGGAGGGAAGCCAUGGAAUCCACCGGAAGCACCUUCCUGUUCAGCACAGCAGCAUCGACACAGGUGAGAGCCCAGUGAGCGGUGGGCCAGCAGCAGCCAUGGACCAGCCACAUGUCAUUCCCAGUCAGGGUGACCUGUUGGGUGAUCUGCUGAACCUGGACCUGGGUCCUCCAGUCAAUGUGCCCCAGGUCUCCUCCAUGCAGAUGGGUGCGGUGGACCUUCUGGGAGGAGGCCUUGACAGUUUGCUGGGGGGAGACCUGGGCGGAGGUGUUGGGGGAAGUCCAGCAGUGGGACAAAAUUUUAUCCCGUCAUCAGUCCCCAACACUUUUGCCCCUUCACCUACACCUGCACCUCCUGCCACCAGCAGUGGCCUCAACGACUUAUUUGAGCUUUCCACAGGCAUGGCCAUCACCACAGGAGGCUAUGCAGUCCCCAAAGCAGUAUGGCUUCCUGCAGUGAAAGCUAAAGGGCUCGAGAUCUCUGGAACAUUCUCUCGCCGUCAGGGUCACAUGUACAUGGACAUGACUUUCACCAACAAAGCCCUACAACACAUGACCGACUUUGCUAUCCAGUUUAACAAGAACAGUUUUGGGGUGAUCCCCACCAGUCCUCUGCCCGUUCAUACUCCACUGAUGCCCAAUCAGAGUAUUGAGAUCUCUUUGCCUCUUAACACCAUUGGGCCAGUUAUGAAGAUGGACCCUCUCAAUAAUCUUCAGGUGGCUGUAAAGAACAGCAUUGAUGUGUUCUACUUCAGCGUACUCAUCCCUCUCAAUGUAUUCUUUGUUGAGGAUGGAAAAAUGGAGCGACAGGUGUUCCUGGCUACUUGGAAAGACAUCCCCAAUGAGAAUGAGCUACAGUAUCAGAUAAAGGACUGCCACCUUAAUGCAGACACAGUUUCAGGGAAGCUGCAGAAUAACAAUAUCUACACCAUUGCCAAGAGAAAUGUAGAAGGCCAAGACAUGCUCUACCAGUCCCUGAAGCUAACCAAUGGCAUCUGGAUCCUGGCUGAGCUCCGCAUUCAACCUGGCAACCCCAACUACACGCUCUCUCUGAAGUGUCGGGCUCCAGAAGUGUCUCAGUACGUCUACCAGAUGUACGAUUCUGUGCUGAAGAAUUGACGCACUUCACCACUUGCCGACUCUGCUUCAUCCUGACAACAAACCGCAGUGUUUUUUUGUUUUGAUUUGUUUUUUUUAUUUUUCUGUAUGUGCAGCUGACUGCCAAAACAAGAGAAUCCAAACAGUAAAAGAUGGAUAGUAAGCAAUUUUGGAGAUUGUGUUUUUCCUCAAAGUGAUCAACAGGGUAAAUGUGAGAUGAGACAAAGGGUAUUGGGAGUGAUUAUCAAGCGUACUGUUGACAUUUCCUUUAUUUUGGCAGUUGAAAGCAUCAUUAAAAUCCUCUUAAUUCUACCCCCUAUUUUUACGUCUCAGUGAAAACCAUUCCAUCCUUAACAUUACGUCUUAUUGUUGUGAAGAUGUGAUUAAUGAUGAAAUUGUCCUGAGUGGGGACUUGCUUUGUUCAGCUCACACUUCUUUUAAUUUAGAUCCACUUUUGACGCUUUCUUUGCUUCAGUUGUACCUCCAGAGUCACAGCAGUAUUCUGUUGUUUUGAGACCAGAAAUGUCUGUCUGACUGCUUCUGCCACAUCUGGUGGGAUCACUUACAAUUUGUGCAAUUUGUUUAGAAACAAAUGUCAACUUUUCUCCCCUUACUGUGAAGCAUUGUACACUAAUUGAGAAACUUAGUGAUAAGUUAGCAACCCUGUAAUUGCAAAAUCUAGGCAUUUCAUUGUUUCCUUAUGCCAUUUAUGGUCUUUCUGGCAGAGGCGUUUACAACCAUCCGGUCUUCACAAAGCUCUAAAUCCUUUUAAUGACACUCCACCUUAUCCUUUUCUUGUUAAAGUGUUCGUAAGCAGUUCGCUGUGCUGGUUCUGAUAUUAAACAACUUCAGUAUAACAUUUUAUGAAGUGCUCUUCAAAAAUUAAAUAAAUCCAUAAGCAAAGGAAAAGUUACACUGUUUAGUCUUCUGAUGAGCAGGUGGCAUAAAGGACAUUGAUGGGUUUAAAUUCUUAAAGUUUUACAACCACUACAAAAGCAAGAGCAGCCAAUUUUGUGUUCACACUCCAGUGCCACUCUGUUUCCGGUUAUUUGCUUGACACGAUUUUUAUUUUUUCUUCUUCUCCUCCUCCUCUUUUCUGAAACGGUCCCAUUUACUGCAGCCACACUUUUCACAACUAUAUUUUCAUUCCUAUUUAUUGUGCAUCUACCUCUGUGUGUUUUCUUUUCACAGGUGUUAUUGUUGCAUUAGUUUCAUUUCCUUGAUGUGCUUUACAUGUCAUUUGAAUGCCAGUGUUUUUAUUUUUUAUUUUCUUGGGGGGAUUUUCAUGUAAUGCUAAACUGUGGGAAAUCCGCCAAGUCAGGUUCACAGGACCACACAUUUACAAAAAUGAAUUGCCAAGUUUAUUUUUAUUACUCUCAAAAGAAUCCUUAUAAAGUUGGCAUAGUGUGAGCUAUAUGAACAUUAGAGUACAUAUACCCAAACCCCCAGAGUUGUACUGUAGGCCAGUAAUGGUGUAGUAAGAAAAUGUUUAGUAACUAUGUAUAAAAAUGAAGCAAAAAUGCUUUCUCCCUAUCCCAGUGUGUCAGUUGUGUUGGUGACGUACAUGAGAUGAGAACAUUAAUGUGCCUGCAUGAACUCGCUGUCAUUUUACCCUUUCUUAAUUUCAGCUGUGGAUUUCCUCAAGUCUGAAAUUCUGCUCCUAACCUACGUUUCAUUGUAGAUCCCAUUAGUUUUUUAUUUGUUUGUUUUUUUUCUAAACACAGCAUCGUCUUAAACACACUCCUGCAAAUAGAAAUGUUUCCAGCAGCACAGAAUGUGUGCCGAGGUCGGUCACGGCAUCUUAUGAAAUGGAAAAGUUUGUGUCAUUGCUGUAAGCUUGUUGUAAAUGAUUUGUUACUGUCACAGUACCACAUCUUGUGUCAAUAAAUCGUCAAAUCCUU